AUGCCAUCUCCCCAACAAAUCCCGCCCAGUGGCGUCCAUCAAGGAACUAUCAGUUUCCCAAUCGCUGUACUUCCACAACUGCAAGCCUGGGUGGACGGCGAAUGGCAGAGAUUGGCAGAUGAGCGGAAGGUACCCCACCUGAAUCAGACGCAAUACCAAGAGUUAAGGGAUCUCAUCGAGAGAGCAACUCGUCUAUUUGGCUUUACCCAUGAAGUCCGACAGAGACGCACCAAAAAGCCAGCACAAAGUGCCCAAAUGAUACCCACCCCCGGACCUGAGAAUGCAAACACUGCACCACCUUCCAACGGGACCUCAGGAUAUGUGCCGAAUGCGGAAAACUAUGCACAUGGUGCCGGUGAAGACGACCUUGCCGGGAUUUUUGUAGGAAGUGUAUUUGAUCCACAGAAUCCUUUGUUACAUCUGGAUGACUUUGCAACUUUCUAG